CCCUAUCCCCUUCCCCGCCGUACGGACUCCGGCGGCGGCGGCGACAGAACCCGUCUUCUAGAAGGAGAGCGGGGUGGGUGUGCUAAGUCAUGGGGAGCUUCGCGAGGAAGGAGCACCAGUUCCUCGCCGAGCUCGGCCUCGCGCCGCGGAACCCCGGCUCCUUCGCCUGCGGCGCGUGGGGCGGGUCGGGCCCCGUCGUCACGUCCACCAACCCGACCAACAACCAGGUCAUCGCUGAGGUCGUGGAGGCGUCCCCGCGCGAGUACGAGGAGGGCAUGCGCGCCUGCUACGAUGCCGCCAAGACAUGGAUGGCCAUUCCGGCUCCAAAGCGAGGAGAAAUUGUUAGGCAAAUCGGCGAUGCAUUGAGAGCAAAACUCCAUCACCUGGGCAGGCUUGUAUCACUUGAGAUGGGGAAAAUUCUCCCUGAAGGGAUUGGAGAGGUUCAGGAAAUCAUUGACAUGUGCGAUUAUGCUGUGGGGCUAAGUCGCCAGCUAAAUGGGUCCAUCAUUCCAUCUGAACGCCCAAAUCAUAUGAUGAUGGAGGUGUGGAAUCCUCUUGGAGUUGUUGGCGUUAUCACAGCAUUCAAUUUUCCUUGCGCCGUGCUUGGUUGGAACGCCUGCAUAGCUUUGGUGUGUGGAAACUGUGUUGUCUGGAAAGGUGCUCCAACUACUCCAUUGAUCACUAUUGCAAUGACUAAAAUAGUUGCCAGUGUAUUGGAGAGGAACAACUUGCCAGGCUCAAUUUUCACAGCAUUUUGUGGUGGUGCUGAAAUUGGCCAAGCAAUUUCUCUCGACACAAGGAUACCUUUGGUUUCAUUCACAGGAAGCACAAAGGUUGGUCUAAUGGUUCAGCAACAGGUGAAUGCGAGAUUUGGCAAAUGCCUUCUUGAACUUAGUGGGAACAAUGCUAUUAUUGUUAUGGAUGAUGCAGACAUUCAGUUAGCUGUUCGUUCUGUGUUGUUUGCUGCUGUUGGUACAGCAGGACAACGCUGCACUACAUGUCGGAGGCUGCUUCUUCACGAAAGCAUAUAUCAAACAUUUCUUGAUCAACUUGUUGAGGUUUAUAAACAAGUCCGAAUUGGAGAUCCUUUGGAAAAUGGUACCUUACUGGGACCACUGCACACUCCUGCUUCAAGAGAAGCCUUUUUGAAAGGCAUCCAAACCAUCAGAUCUCAGGGAGGAAAAAUUCUUUAUGGAGGAUCUGCAAUUGAAUCAGAGGGAAACUUUGUUCAACCAACAAUUGUGGAAAUUUCAUCCUCUGCACCGGUUGUGAGAGAAGAACUAUUUGGUCCUGUUCUUUAUGUCAUGAAAGUUCAGAAUCUGAAGGAAGCAGUUGAAAUUAACAAUUCUGUUCCUCAAGGAUUGAGCAGUUCUAUAUUUACAAGGAGACCAGAUAUUAUUUUCAAGUGGAUUGGGCCCCAUGGUAGUGACUGUGGUAUAGUGAAUGUAAAUAUACCCACAAAUGGUGCUGAAAUCGGUGGAGCUUUUGGUGGAGAAAAAGCGACUGGUGGUGGACGAGAAGCAGGGAGCGAUUCGUGGAAGCAGUACAUGAGGAGGGCCACUUGUACGAUCAACUAUGGAAGCGAGCUGCCUCUAGCACAAGGAAUAAAUUUUGGCUAAUUCACUGGUCAAGAUCUGCUGGUGAACGUGUUAAGCUCUCUCAAUCGACAGACGUCAGGCUACUAGCGUCAACUGAAAAUCGAAACUGCAACGCAGCAGCAAAUGCUAUGUGUGCAUAUAAUAAGAGACGAAUCCAGUAUUAAUGCAUGUACUGCUCUUGCUAUGGUUAGCCAUCGGAGUACUUGUCCAAUAAACAGGAAAUUCGCAUCUUCUCGGACCGUUUGAGAAUCGAGAUGCAGACAUUUCUGAUGUAAUUGUUAGAACGGAUCGGUUGAAAUAAAAGGAUCGCUGGGCAACCUGAUUCUUGCAGGUCGUUUCGAAGA